GCCAAAACCUCAACUAACUACCGCGGUAAAGUUGUUCUCGUCAUUUGCCCUCGUUGUGCUCUCUUGGUGAGCCUUGGCGGGUCAGUCGUGGGCCGUGGUUGCCCCGACGACGGCCAAUCAAAGCGAGCGCUGCCCGAAUGAGAAGCGAGCAUCUUCACAUGAACGACCAUCUUCAAGGGCGAAGAACUUGGUUUUCUUUACAAGAAGAGACAAUGCCAGAAUACUCGAAUACGGUUUAGGAGGACAACCGAAUGAGGAUACCAACACCAUGGCGAGAACGACAACAAUACGCAAAUAUGGGAGGAACACACGGAAGCAGACGGCCGAGCUCCUUUUCGCCCAACUGCCCACCACUCCUGUGAAGCCUGAGCGCCAAGUCACACCUCCUAUCGUGUCUGAGGGGCAGCCGGUGGCGACCCCAAUGUUGGAGUCACAGAAGGGGUCAGCGCUAGGAGCUGUCGAACUUCGAAAACCGGGUCGGGAGGCCGGGAGCCCCCCAUCUGAUGAAAUGAUGCAUCAGCUCGUCCAGCAAUUCGAUUCGACCAGAUUAGACGACGUUUCGACAUCGGACGCUAAAACGGACUCGCGCGGAUCAGACCAUCUCUCACCCUUGGACUCACCAAGGAACGCCAAGGAUGAGGCUGUCAACGUCGAGAGUCCGCCACGAGUCGAGCAUGUCGACGAUGGGUUCGAGGAGCUAGGCCGGGAGGAGUAUGAGGUGUCAUACUGCGACGACCUCCGCGUCCUCACCUGGGCUGACGUUUGUGCUGCUGGCGACCGGGUGGAGAAGAUUGCCGAGGCUUCCUUCGCCGAGGUUUAUCGCAUCACCAACGCCCACGGCACCUCCAUCAUCAAGGUCGUCCGGCUCGAGUCGCCCAUCAAGCAGCAGACGAAAGCCCAGGUGAGGUCCGGCCUGGUAGACGAGGAGCCUCAUUCGGAAGAGGACAUGCAGGGCGAGCUGCGGAUAUCUGAGUGGUUGGCCGACAUCCCGGGCUUCGUGGUGUACAAGGAAAAGUACGUCGUCGAGGGGAAGGCACCAAAGGCCCUGCUCGAGACGCACCAAGCCUUCCACCGCCGGAUGAAGCGCAGUGACCCGGACCGCCUGCAGUUCUAUCCCUCGCCGAGCCGAUACCUAGACGACACCCGGUUCCUGGUCGUGGAGCUCGGCGAUGCGGGCACGGCACUGGAGGACUUCGAGUUGACAUCGAUCAACCAGGUGUGGGACAUAUUUCUGCACACGGCGCUUGCGCUAGCACGGGCGGAGGACCUGAUCCAAUUUGAGCACCGCGACCUCCACGAGGGCAACCUCUGCAUCCGUCAAACCCGUCAACCAACCGCCAGACGGAUCAGCACCAGCCCGCAGCAAUUCGGCUUCUCCGGCCUAGACGUCACCAUCCUCGACUACGGCCUCUGCCGCGCCAGCGACCCAGACUCCUCCUGCCUCCCCGACACCUCAACAACAACCACCACCACCAGCACACCCCCACCCACGGCAGUCGCCUACGACCUCGAAAAAGACCUCACCCUCUUCCAAUCGACCCACGCCCCGCAAUGCGCCGUCUACCGCCAAAUGCGCGCCUUCCUCAUCCACAACGACCGCUUCCCACCACCAGAAGAAGACCCAUCACCCACCACCACCCCAUACCCAACCACCCCCUACCCCCCUUCCUCCCUAACCAACAAACCCAUCUCCUGGACCGGCUACUUCCCCUACACCAACGUCCUCUGGCUGGCCUACUUAUACGCCUACCUGGUGGGCCACUUCCGCGGGGACGCGGCCGCGCUGAGGGGGUUCCGCCGCCAGACGCGCGAGCUGCGCGCCCACUUGGACCCGGCGGCGCCCCGGGGGGUGCUGAGUUUUCCGAGCGCCGGGGAGGUGGUGCGGUUUGCGGUGGAGGCGGGCCACUCUCCCAACGUCCGCAUCCUCACUCACGGAUAUCGAGCGACUUCCGUAGCUGGCCAUGUUGCCCAGCGGAACACGCGGAGGGUGAGAAAGAGAGAGAGGAGGGGGAAGCACCAGUCACGGGUCAGGGAGGACACAAAGGGGGGAGAGAGGACGGGAGAGGCUAGGGAAGACGCGGAAGAGGAAGAGAGAACGACAGGGAACGCGAGGACGCGAAAGGGGCAGGCGACAAGCGAGGAGGCGAGGUGAGGAAUGCGAUGGCAACCCGGUGAGAGACGUCAGGUGCUAGGUUUAAGUCCGAGGGAUGUCCUGUUUAAGCUGGAGGUGGUGGGAUGACCGAGGGUGAGAAAGUCCUCGCAGGAGGAAGCUAACGAGAUGGUAUUAUGCAUUACUGGCCUGAUAAUGGAUGCGGUUGAGCGGCCCAGUCGAGAAGGAGGUAGUGUUUCCUCUACGCGAAGGCAGAGAUUGGGAAUUUACGAUCGGUGCGUGCGUCGAUACCCACAAUUGUCAAUUAUAGCAGGAUAGGAAAGUUGAGCGAUAUAUAAUCUGGAUUUUCCCCCCAGGUCGUUGAUGUUGCUCUGGCGCGAAAGCAAUGUAACCGGUUGAUCACCCAGAAGCCUUCCAUGAGUGGUUCGGAACGGGUCCGAUAUUAGGGAAAAUGCAGACG